CUGGGAAAUAUUUUUUCGGAUAUUUCUCUUCACCUUUUGUUCCUGAAGGAACAUUUCCCUUUCAAAAGGAAAAGCAUUUAGAUGCAGGAGGAAGAGGAACAGAGAGCUCAUCCUAGAUAGCGCAUGAUGAAGUUUGGAAGGAGGUACCAGCUUUGGAAAAUAUAAGAUUCAAUACGUCUACUGAUGGGAAAGUGUAGCCGAGUUGUGACCAUCUCUGCUUUGACAUGCCUCUCUCAGAUUCCUCAGGUGACACUGCAGGACAGCUGUUCAGAUGCUGACCAGUGCUCAGACACAAAAUGGCUCCAUCUCUGGUACAUUUGGCUUGUGGUUGUGAUUGGUGGACUCCUCCUCCUCUGUGGCCUUGUCUCUGUUUGUGUGAGGUGUUGCUGCCUUAACUGCCAUCCAGUAGGGGAAGACACCAGCUCCCAGCCAUAUGAAGUCACAGUCAUCGCAUUUGAUCAUGACAGCACCCUUCACAGCACCAUCACUUCUUUUCAUUCAGUGUUUGGCCCAGCUGCUAGGAGAGUACUUGCAGUAGCUCAUUCUCACAGUGUUGUGCCAGCAAUACAUGCUGAAAUGGAGACACCCCCCAUUCAUGAGGAGGCUGUACACAUGAGUAGAUUUACAGUGGCUAGAAGUGGAGAACAAGCUCCAGAUUUCGAAUCAGUCCCAGAGGAGAAACAGACUGUGGAUGCUAAGAAUGAAGAUCCAUGAGCAAAUCACUUGUGAAGCCAAGACUUCUGAGCCAAACCAUCAAGUACUGCCAAGAGAGAUUCAGAAAUGUACACUAAUCCUCUGAUAAGUAAAUCUACUUCAGAUUGUUCUCCUUUAAUAGUAAAGAAAGGGUGUCACUUUAUUUUCAAAUUCCAUAAAUCCCAAACUGUAUAAUGCAAGACAUAAAUUGCAUACAACUUGCUACAUACAUGUUUGUGGCAAGUAUCCAAGAGCAGAGAUUUUACUAGGGUUAUGCAUGUACACACCCCCCCCAUUUGAUUUGUAAAUACAGAUCAGACCCAAUCUGGUUUGGACAGAUUCAGACCCGAUCUUACCUGAUUUGGAUCUGAAUCCAGAUCACAAUCCAGAUGUUACAUUAUCUCUUGAAAUCCCAUUGAUUUACAUUACAAAACUGAAACAGCCAUAAUUUUCUUGUCAGGCUCAAAUUCUUGGUGAUAUCUUGGGAUAUUUCUAGCCAGAUUUGUAAUAGAUAUAUUGCUGGACAUCUGAGGUGAGAUCUAGUUAGAAAUGGUGCUGGGCUAAAAUUCUGUGUUUUCGGUGAGACAGAAUAAUUUUCAAUAGGUGACCAUUCCUGGCACAUUUUGGAUCCUGUGUUGGAACAGCAUGUGAGGCAAGGGUGCAGUCUAGAAAUAUCCAUUUUAGUUCUACUAAGAUUCACUGACAUUAUUUGGAGUGGGACCCCACUCUUUCAUAAUAGCUUUAGAAUGAUAAUAUAGUUACUAAUAGCUUUAGAACUACAAAGACUUGGUUCAAAUUCCUUGUUUGGCCCAUCCUUAUUUCUUAUUAGUUAGUGGGGAUGAAUAGUGACUGUUUUUUGUUGUGGGCCUAUGUGAGAAGCCUAUGUUUGUGUGCUCCACCUAUUUAUUACAAUAGGCUUGAUCUGGACAACCUCUCAAUGCAUUUUGCCUAAAUAAGAAAAAGGGGAGAAGGAAGAAAUUGUUCAUAUGCUUCAGCUGUUGAUUUUAGUUUUUUUCAGUCCUGCAGACUACUUGUAUCUACUUACCUGGAAGUAGAUGCGUUAUUCUCCCAGCUGUCAAUUAAUGGUAGGCUUUUCGACUUCACUGUACUUGAAUGAUCAUGGAUUACUUAUGUAGGAAUUCUGCAAAAACUGGCAAAUUUUGUUUCAGCUAUGAAAUACUACAGAAGUUGUACAGUGACGGGACCAUGAUCUUGUAACAAUAGUGCCACAAUCUUCCUGCUCCCAAGUGUUAUACCAUUUUUUGUAUCAGCCAGUUCUGUGAGGUAAAAAUUCAGAUAUGAGAAGGAAGAUAUUGUGUGUGGUAAAAAUUCAUUUGAACAUUGUCUUAUUGGCUAGGUAGUAUUAAUAAAGAUAAUUUCACUAUUAAAACAGGCAUAGUUUUGUUUUCCUUUAAUUUU